UUACCUUAAAAAACUCAUCAUUGGUAGAAGGAUCUUUGGUACCUCUACUCUUACCGUUUAAGCCUUUUUGCCGCCUAAACUGACUACGUGCGUGGAUCACAACCGUCUACAUAUUUAAUUUCAACCCUUGUGGGCCUCUAUCGCUGUGGAUCUAUCCACCAAAUGUAAUUCCAAACAGCAAGUAAACGAAAAAACUUCUUUCCACGACGCUCCUUUCAUCCUCACCAUCUAUCCAAUGGCCCCCUUUCUCUUUGAAUUAACUUUGAGUCCACCCAAAGCGAUUAAGAUUCAGUAUGGGUUUCUCAGUUUCCUUCUCUGUUUAUGAUUUUUUUCCCAUCCAUCUUGUCGCUGGGACUGUUGAAGAAUAGCCAUUUCUCGAUGAAUCCUGAAUCCUGAUCCAGGUCUUUCUUACUCUUCCUCUAGGUCUCCCUGUCUGGCCUAAUCCUAAUCAAAAUUCGUUUUUGAGGUUGUGGGUCUUUUAACUUGCGGGCCUUGAAGCGGGACUUCCAAUUGGGUUGUUGAGACUCUUUGUAUAUUUGUUGAUUUUGAUAGUGGCAGAUGUUCGGUUCAGGGAUGAAUUUGAUCACUACAGUUAUUGGAUUUGGGAUGAGUGCCACUUUUAUUGUGUUCGUUUGCACAAGGAUUAUUUGUGGUAGGCUUCGAGCUUCCGAAUCUAGGCAAAUGUUCGAGAUUGAAUCCAGAAUUGACCUUGAACAGCAGCCAGAACAUCGGAUUAAUGGUCUUGAACCCGUGCUGGUUGCUGCCAUUCCUACUAUGAAGUUCAGCCGUGAAGCAUUUAGUUCUGUGGAAGAUGCACAGUGCUCGAUAUGUUUGGGAGAAUACCAAGAAAAGGAAGUAUUACGGAUCAUGCCAAAAUGUGGGCACAACUUUCAUCUGUCUUGCAUUGAUGUUUGGCUAAGAAAACAAUCUACAUGUCCAGUUUGUAGGUUCCCUGUAGAAGAUUCUCUGGAAACAAAACAUGUGAGACAAGCAACGCUCAGUCGUAUGGUCCGAUCCAUCGAUAGUCCAGAGACCUCAGCUGAACAUUCUCAGCAAUGGCUAUUACCUGGCCCUGAGCGUUCACUGGGGACUGCUAGUAACCAGAGGCAUGCAGUCAGUGUUCCUGGAAACCCACAACUUGUUUCUGCAGAAUCACAAACAAGCAAUUGAAGAAGACAGCAAAGCAAUAGAUUCAUUUUGAUUUUAUAUUACAUGAUUUCCUUGUUGGAGUAAUUACAUAACAUAGUUUAGAAUUUGUGUAGGCUUGUACAUAAAAUUCCUCCAAUCCUCUGUAACAUGGUGUUGAGACAGUCCCAUUCGUUGUGAGAUAACUGUAAUAAUCCUGAAAAGUUUUAGAAAAGGAAAAGGAAAAUUAAGGCUCAAACCAUCUUUGCCAUUUCCUCAA